CCUCCGGGAGACGUUGCGUGUCGCUGCUGCGAGCGGGGCUGUUUGGGCUGGAUGGCGCAGAGUGAUGGUAACGCGGGUCCGGGGGUAUCCCGGGAGCUGCUUUCCGUGGGAGGCGGAGGAGGUAUUGGGGAAACACUUUUGCUCAGUUCAAAACCUGCUAAAAAGAAAGCCACAACCUUACAGACAGCCAGGCUGCCCAGAAGCAACCUUUUGGAUAAGGUGCAGAACUUUCUGCCCCAGAUGGCUAGUGCAAAUAAUCAGCUGAGAAGAGAAAUGGACAGCAGGCCGGGCCAAGAGUUUGACAUUGAACAUGUAGAUCCUUCGAUGGAAAAGAUAAUUGAAAUGAAUGUGGCCUUAGUGGAACUGAAUGACUCUGAUACAAUGGAAUCAGAAGAUGAUUCUGAAUAUGAGGACAGCUCUAUCUGUGAAGAAGUUACAGAAGAAAAUAUUAAGCUUCCUUUAUCCAAAAAGGAAGGCCACAUAGAAAUUUUGGAUAGCAAAACAUGAGUAGGUGAAUUAGCCUUAUUUGGCUGUCAAUUUCAGUAUCUGACAUGAAAUCCUCAAUUUUUUUCAAGACCUCUUGGAAUGUGGUGCUGUGUACUGAUAAGCUUAUUUUAUGUGCUUCCUAUUUUGAGAGGUGUAGAAAAUCUUUUUGCAGGUCUGCUAUCAAGUCAGAAGAAAUUAAUGAGGAUUCCAUCUGUAAAAUUGAAGGAAAAGCAGAAAGAGUAAUUGGAUCAGACAGAAGAGCCAAUAUCAAGAUAGCUAUGGACUAUUUAUGUUUUAAUUUUUAAUAAUGUUCCUUGAUAAUACCAGUUCUUGGAUUCAUAGAGACAAGUGAAAAUGCCUCUGGAACAAAAGAUCAUUUACUCUAGAUUGUUCCAGUUAUAGAGUAUUUGGUUGGUGACCAACUGCUGUAUGUUAUGGCUAGUGGCAUCUUGAAGAACUUGUAGGGUGUUUCAGUUUUAAUUCUAACCCAGAAAUGGGGAUCUAGUGGCCUUCCAGAUGAACUACAUUCCUAACUCCCAGGUCCGGUUGAGAUUGAUGCUCAUUUGUUUGUGCCAAAGGUUACUUACCUUGCAUGGAGUGUCCGUUACUAUAAGAGUGAAAGAGAAUUGUGUUAGAUUGAAAGAGAUGUUUGUGGAUAAGCAGCAUUCAUAACUGAGUAUGAGGUAUGCCAUUGGGAAUCUUUAAUGUCCAAAACAUGUACAAAUCAGAUUUGGGGUCUAUAAUCCCAGCCAGUAUGGUUGAUGAUGCAGUAUGCCAGGAAUUAUAGUUAAUAUCUGGAGGAUUUCUGGUUCUCCUUACAUGGUAUAAAUGCUAAGAUCACAAAACAACUGCCUGUCCUUAGACUUCAAGUUCUUAAUCCGAAUUUUCUACAAAGAAAAAGAGUUAAUGGCUAGUCUAAUAGACAUGUUACAUACUUGAAAUUAAAAUAUGCCUUGUAUUCUCAUAAAGUUUGUUUAAACUGAAUAAAAGACAGCUUUUUAAGAUGUUCAGUAUUUGCUUUAUACUGUAAAAGGCAUUAACUUGCAAGAUGCAUGCAAAUUUGAACUGAAAUUAUGUUUUUAUUUUUAUGGACAAUAUUUUAGGAUUAUGCAUUCUUACCAGAACAUACUGUACAUUCCACUGAAUAAGAAAGUCUUAUUUCUGAAUAAAUAAUAUUUGAGUUGUUAUUGCUUCCUUGAGAAUGGAAUUGAAUACAAAUCAGGAAUGUUUGACAUGAAAAGUCAAAUAGGCUGAACAUUCUGGAAGCAGAAACUAUUAAUAGCUCCAUACUGCAUAUGGUAGAUUAUGGUCCAUAAUCUUCAGUGAAGAGGCCCAUCUUGCAGUGAAUUGAUUUGGGUUGAUGAUAAUAAUUGUAAUAUAUAAAUGUAAAUAAUAAAUAAAAUUUAGGUGCAUUUGC